UGCCUCUGUCUCUCUCUCUUCAACGUUUCUCUGUACCUCUCCCUCUCCCUCUGUCUCUACCUCUCCGCUGCUCUUCUCCCCUCCCUCUCUCACCGCCGCUCCGCCAGCCAUGCCUCCGCCGCUCCUCAUCACGGUCGCCGACAAUUGGAGCACCGAAUGCGAGCUCUCUUUCUCUCUGUGCAGUUCGCAUAUUGACCCAAAAUCUAGGUUGGUGAUUAGGUUGGAGAAUAUUGAAGAGAAUGCUCAGUCAUAUGUUAAUACUGGGCAAAUCCAUGCUUCUUGUGAUGUUCGUCACAUUGUUGAGAUUGCUUUUGCGUGGACUAUUGUGGAUAUUUAUUUUUGUGUGCGAAGAGCAUUUGUGGCAGAUGAUAUUCCACACGAUGAAGCUCCUGCAGAGGUUCCACCUGCAUUUACACCUGUUGUCGAGGUAGAGAAGAUGAAAGUUGCUGAGGCUAACGAGGUGGCUUAG